CCCUCUUCUUCUCAGACUCUCUCACCAGGCCACCGCUUUUCACACAAAGAAUGCUUCUUUGACACCAAAACCCAAUUUUCCCGGAAAAAUCAUAACUUACUGCACAGCGAUUUUCUUUCUUUCCAAACGGCUUUUAAAGAGAGAGUUUGUGCAGGAGAUGGGGGCGUACAGAUCAGACGAUGAUUACGACUACUUGUUCAAGGUGGUGUUGAUCGGGGACUCGGGUGUGGGCAAAUCGAACCUGUUGUCGCGGUUCACGAGGAACGAGUUUAGCCUCGAAUCCAAGUCCACGAUUGGCGUCGAGUUCGCCACGAGAAGUAUUCGGGUCGAUGAUAAGGUCGUCAAGGCCCAGAUUUGGGAUACCGCUGGCCAAGAAAGGUAUCGUGCAAUCACGAGUGCCUAUUAUCGAGGUGCUGUGGGUGCUUUACUAGUCUACGACGUUACCCGACAUGUUACAUUUGAAAAUGUGGAGAGAUGGCUGAAGGAGCUUCGGGAUCACACUGAUGCCAACAUUGUGAUCAUGCUUGUAGGAAACAAGGCAGACCUGCGGCACCUGCGAGCCGUUUCCACCGAAGAUGCCACGUCUUUCGCUGAACGGGAGAGCACCUUUUUCAUGGAAACAUCUGCUCUCGAGUCCAUGAAUGUUGAGAAUGCAUUCACGGAAGUGCUGACGCAAAUUUAUCAUGUUGUAAGCAGGAAGGCCCUUGAUGUUGGGGAUGACCCAGCAGCCUUGCCCAAAGGAAAAACAAUCAAUGUCGGAUCCAAGGAUGAUGUAUCAGCUGUGAAGAAAGUCGGAUGUUGCUCUGCUUGAGCAUGGAGAGGAGAUGUAAAAUUUUAUUAUAUUUGAACUUCUAUGCCCUGUUCAUAUCUUUGUAGAGGUCAGCUGACUGAGCAAAAGUGCUGUCAAUAGAUCAUUUAUUUGUUUCAACGUUAUUUAUUUCUUGGAAACAAGAGAGAACAUGUCUAUGUUUUCAUUAACUAUUUGCACUUCCUUUUUGUAUUAAUAGGAUUACUAAGCUGCUUCGAUUUAA